AUGUUAGAAAAAAUUACUGUUACUCCCGACGCCUCCUUCACUGAGUAUGUCCCCAUUGUCGACUACCUUUUCCGCUACGACCGCGGUGGCUUCUGGGUCGCAAAGUACUCGUUCAACUACUUCCUCAUACCUUUCAACCGCAUUACUCGCUUCAUCCUCAAUCCGCUCAUGUACACACGUACCAUCUACAAGGCUUUACACCACAGUGGCCUGGCCGACUUUUACAUGGUGCAAGACGUCGGCGUGCCUUAUGACAAGAUGGAUGCAUUCGUUGACUGGCUCGAAACGACCUUUGGCAUCUACCCACUGUGGCUGUGGCUGUUGCGUCUGGCCCGAGACUCUCCCAACGCAGAACACGGUCUGCAUUCUGACUUCGCCCGCCUCGACAAGAACACCCCUGAGGGUCGUUUGAUGAACUUUGGCAUUUGGGUAGCGGGACUAAUUGACCGUGACGCAUGUAUCCACAAGAACCGUCUGUUGGAGCAAAAGGUACGAGAACUGAGCGGCAGGACGUGGCUGUAUGCUCAUGCCUGCUACACAAAGGACGAAUUCUGGAGCCACUACGACCGUCACUCUUAUGACCUUGUCCGCGUCAAGUACGGUGCAAGCUGCUUGCCAAGUGUUUACGACAAGGUCAUGGUGGACAACCAACAAAACGCUGCGAUGGGUACUGUUGCUUGGCUCCCAGUCAUGUUUUGGGCUAUUUGGCCAAUGCGUGGUCUGUACGAUGUCCUCAUGACAAUCUUCGGUGGCGAUUAUUUAAUGAAACGGAGGUCUGUAUGCCGCAAAAAUAUUAAGCAGAGCUGA